CUUCCCAUCACUCUUCAUUUGCAAGCCAACCAGCUAUUAGGGCUUCUUUUUCUCCACUCGUUCUCAGCUGAGCAACAGGUAAACUCGCCAUUAGCUACCUCUUAGCCAUCAACCAUGGGUAGCAUGCACAGUCGUGGUAAGGGUAUCUCUGCUUCUGCCCUUCCUUACAAGCGCACUCCUCCCAGCUGGCUCAAAACCUCCCCUCAAGACGUUGAGGACAACAUCUGCAAGUUCGCAAAGAAGGGCUUGACUCCUUCACAGAUUGGCGUCAUCCUUCGUGACUCUCACGGUAUUGCACAGGUCAAGAGCGUAACUGGCAGCAAGAUCCUUCGCAUACUUAAAGCUCACGGGCUGGUUCCAGAGAUUCCAGAGGAUGUGUACCAUUUGAUCAAGAAGGCGGUUGCGAUUCACUAGCAUUUGGAGAGGAACAGGAAGGAUAAGGAUUCCAAGUUCAGGUUGAUUCUCGUGGAAAGCAGGAUUCAUAGGCUUGCUCGCUACUACAAGAAGACUAAGAAGCUCCCCUCUGUUAGGAAAUACGAGUCAACAACUACAGCAAGCACUCUGGUGGCUUAGUGAAAGACGUGGCUGCUAUCUGCAUGUUAGAUGGGCAAGGUUCUCUGUAGCUAUUGGAUAUUUACAGCGAAAUUGGAGUCGAUUAACAAAAUUUUAGGGUAGGCAGAGAAUAAUAUUUUAUUUUAGUUAUUAAAGAAACAAUUCUUUAUUAUAUUGUUAUCUUUGUUUUUCAACUGCUGGCAGGUUGGUUGCUUCAUCUUUGGAGCUAUAAAAUAUUGAUUAGGGUAAAUUACAAAAUGUGAUUUGACAUUUGGCAAAAUUUAUAUUUGAAUAUUUGCUUCAAAAAAUAGUUAAAUAGUCGCAAAUUUUGAUAA